AUGGAUGGUGAUGGAGGACAAGCCCUAGAACCCUCACGCGGGAGACUGCUGGAUCUCUUCCUCUGGGCUCCUCCCCGAUGUCGCUGGGAUCUGGACAACCCUCCCAAGUUCAAUUACUAUCUAAAUGUCUUGUUCGCCUUUGCCGCGACCUUUACGGUCGCCAAUCUCUACUACGCACAGCCACUACUAGACAUCCUCGCCCACCACUUCAAUGUGACGCAAGAACGGGCAUCGUUGAUUCCCACCUGCUCGCAGGCAGGCUAUGCAGCAGGACUUAUCUUCCUCUGCCCAGUGGGAGACAUCGUGCGUCGAAGACCGUUCGUCCUCCUGCUGACCUUCACCACGGCAACAAUCUGGAUCGGCCUCUGCUUCACCGAGUCCUUCAACGUGUUUCUAGCCCUCAGCUUCAUCACCUCCAUCACCACAGUCACACCGCAAGUAAUGCUCCCCCUAGUAGGCGACCUCGCCCCUCCCGCCCGCCGCGCAACCGCCCUCUCAAUCGUCUCCUCAGGCCUCAUGCUCGGCCUGCUCUCCGCGCGCCUCCUCGCCGGCAUCAUCGCUGACCGCUCCCACUGGCGCAACGUGUACUGGCUCUCCCUCGCCCUGCAAUACCUCAUCUUCAUCCUCCUCUGGCUCUUCAUGCCGGACUACCCCUCCACAAACGCCAACAUCUCCUACUGGUCCACCCUCACCUCCAUCCUCGGCUACUUCCGCAAGUCCCCCGUCCUCGUCCAAUGCACCCUCAUCGGCUUCCUCGGCUCCGCAACCUUCACCUCCUUCUGGACAACCGUGACCUUCCUCCUCUCCGGCGCCCCCUACCACUUCUCCACCCUGACCAUCGGCCUCUUCUCCAUCGCCGGCCUAGUCCCCAUGUUCCUAGGGCCCGUCUUCUCCCGCUUCGUCAUCGACGUCCUCGUCCCGGAACUCUCCCUCCUCAUCUGCCUUAUCAUCGUCCUGACAGGCAUAACAAUCGGCACCUACACAGGCUCAUUCACCGUCGCGGGACCCAUCGUCCAAGCCGCCGUGCAGGACUUCGGACUGUCGAUGUCCCAGACGGCGAACAGGGUAGCUAUCUACGCCGUGGCCCCCAAGGCCCGCAACCGGCUGAAUACGGGGUACAUGCUGGGCGUGUUUUGCGGUCAGUUGACGGGCACGGCGGUUGGGAAUCGCGCGUAUGCUCAGGGUGGGUGGAUUCUUUCGGGGAGUGUUAGCGUUGCGCUUACGGUUGUGUCUGUGGGAGUGGUGCUUGCUCGGGGGCCGAAGGAGACGGGGUGGGUUGGUUGGAGGGGCGGGAUGCAGGUGAAGAGGGUGAUUCCAACUGAUUAA